UUUUUCAGAAACAGGGUCAAGAAAUGAGACUCAAGCGCUUUCUUCUCAGAUAUUAUCCGCCAGGCAUAAUCCUGGAAUAUGAGAAAGGAGGACAUUUGUGCACAAAGUCAAUCGAUCUUUUGGACUUGACACCAGAAACAAAUCCAGAUAAAUUGGUGGCAGAGAUCAAGCAAUCAGAGCCUCUGAUUACGGAGUCCCGGACUGAACAGGUCAAAGAACUGGUUAUCAAACUCCAGCAGAAACAAGGCCAGCAGGACCACCACAGGUUCUGCUUUUGCAAGGAGCUUAAGGCACACGUACUGCCACUGACAAAUGUUGCUUUUGACAAAUCUGGAUCAAGGUUCAUAACUGGGAGUUAUGACAGGACUUGUAGAGUUUGGGAUACAGCCUCUGCCACAGAACUAAACACACUAGAGGGUCACAAAAAUGUGGUAUAUGCAAUUGCAUUCAACAACCCCUAUGGAGACAAGAUUGCCACAGGCUCUUUUGAUAAGACCUGCAGACUAUGGUGCGCAGAGACUGGCAAAUGCUUUCACAAUUUCCGAGGACACCGUGCAGAAAUUGUGUGCUUGGCAUUCAACCCUCAGAGUACACUGGUGGCCACAGGAAGUAUGGAUGCCACUGCCAAGCUGUGGGAUGUGAAGAGUGGGAUGGAGGUGGCCACACUGACUGGUCACACUGCAGAAGUUCUUUCUCUGUGCUUUAACACAGUUGGCAGUCAGCUUCUCACCGGCUCCUUUGACCACACAGUUGCUAUAUGGGAUGUUGCUUCCAAAAGACGUGUUCACACUCUGGUUGGUCACAUGGGAGAAAUUAGCAAUGUUCAGUUUAACUGGGAUUGCUCUCUCAUAGUGUCAGGUUCCAUGGACAAAACCUGUAAGUUGUGGGAGGCAGUCAGUGGGAAGUGUGUAGCCACCCUAGUUGGACACACAGAGGAGGUGUUGGAUGUGUGUUUUGAUUUAAGUGGUCAGCUCAUUGCUACUGCUUCUGCUGAUGGUACAGCACGGGUGUUCAACGCAACUACACAUCAGUGUCUUAUGACGCUAAAAGGACACAGUGGAGAGGUCUUCAAGAUCUGCUUCAGCCCCCAGGGCAGCAGGAUCCUGACUGCCAGCUCAGACAAGACUGCUCGUCUGUGGGAUGUUCAGUCUGGAGCCUGCCUUCAAAUCCUAGCGGGCCACACUGAUGAGAUCUUCUCCUGUGUCUUCAACUACGAGGGUGAUGCCAUCAUAACAGGCAGCAAGGAUAACACAUGCAGGAUCUGGUACUGACCCUUCACCGAUCCAGUCAGAGGCUCAGGCGUGCAUAUGCAAGUCUCAUUUACUCUGUAUAUUUAAUUGUUGAUAAUAAACCUACUGUAUGCUCAUUUAAAAUUUAGGACGCUAUAAAGAAAAUCUGGUGCAACAUCAUGCAGCUAAUGAGUUUUACUGAUAACAGGUCAGCAACAUUACAUUAUAAAUGAGCAUCCAAGGAGUCUUUCAGCAGUAAAAUUGGUCUUUUAAAAUUCAAAGCAAAUAGUUAGCAAGUGAGGAACAGCAUUGAAUAAUUUAAAACCACAAAGUGCUUUGUGAAUAUUAUCAUCGAUGUAUGCAAUGACAAAAGUCAUAAAUGAAUUAUGAUUGGUUGUGACACCAGGCCCUAUGGUAUCAGUGGAUUACAAAAACAAUUGUGUUGUUUUGGGAACUACUGCAUGGGCUGACUCACAUCUGAAAAUCAUUCUCACUUAAGAUAAUUUGUUGCUGCAUCUACUGUGCAAGAACAGUGACAAAAAAAAAAGAAAGAAGAAAACAUGAAAAUAAGAUUCAGUUACAGUGGCUUGUUCUCUGAGCAUGAACUGUGUUUUACUCUGAAAAUCUAAAUCUGAAAUUAGUCUUGGAAAUUAAGGACGAUUUGUCCUCCGGCCUAAAGAGAAGAGGAACCAUUCUGCUUGUUAUCAGUGCAUAGUUCAAAGCCAG